AUGGCCGUAGUAGUAGGGGGGGUAAGGAACGUGGCAGGCAGCAUGGUGGCGCCCCCACAAGCGCCUGCGAACAGUGUGCCGGUGCACAGUUGCAAAGCAGCAGCAGCAGCAGCAACGGCUGCCGACAGCGACACGUACGCCAUAGCCAAUCAGCCCGGGGGCACUGGCCGAGCUUCGAUGGUGGCAGCACGCGUCGCGAACCCCCAAGGCACGGAAGUCGCGACUAAGCGAGCGGCCAAGGACGGCGAGCGGCCAGGGGAGUGGAAGGGAAGGCACCACCACGGUCACCAACGCCAACUGCACUGA